UUUAAUUUGAUUUUUCUUUGUUCACCUUUUCUUUUCCCCACUCAUUUGCCCAAAAAAUUCCAAGCAAAAAUUGCACAAAAUUUCAUCCCAUAAAUUGCUCUAAAAUAUCUUCCUCUUCCUCAUCUUCACUGAAAUUCAACCCCACCCCUCACUUCUGCUUAACUUAUUCAGCAUAAAAAACCAAUCUUUUUCAACUUAUGCAGCAUAAAAAGGCAAUCUUGAUUAUACAUUUCUUAUAUAAAACUUAUUCAGCUUGUUCUAAUGUAAGUUUUUGCAUGUUUUACUAGUAUAAAUUCACUUUCUUUUUUGUCCAUAUGGGUGUAAUUAUACUUAGUUCCUCACCAAUUUGCUGCAAUAAUUUUAACUGUGUAUCUGUAACUGACACUAGACAAUCUACUAGUAGUAGUAAUGGGUGUUCAGUUAGAGGGAGAUUGAAUUUUUCCUCAUGUGGGGGUGUGAUAAAUUGUGAUAUAAUUAGGAAAAAAAAUGUGGGGUCUUCAAGAUUUGUGAUUUCCUCAUGUGGGGUUGUGAUGAAUUGUGAGAAAAUUAAGGGGGGAAAUGUGGGGUCUUCAAGAUUUUUGAUGAAAUGUUCAAAUGAUGUUGUGUUAGGUAAAGACUUGAACUUUUUAUCUGAGGGGUCUGUGAUGAAUUGUGAGAAAAUUAGGAAAAAGAAUGUGGGGUCUUCAAAAUUUGUGAUGAAAUGUUCCAAUGAUGUUGUGGUGAAUUGUGAGAAAAUUAGGAAAAAAGAUGUGGGGUCUUCAAGAUUUGUGAUGAAAUGUUCAAAUGAUGUUGUGUUGGAUAGGGACUUGAGUUUUUGCUCUUGUGUGUGUGUGGUGAAUUGUAAGGAAAUUAGGAAAAGAAAUGUGGGGUUUUCAAGAUUUGUGGUGAAAUGUUCAAAUGAUGUUGUGUUAGUGAAUGGUAAAUGUAGAAGUGGCAUAUCUGCUGAGGGAGUGUUGAGGGACUUGAGGUCGAUUUCGGAACCAACUGAAGCUUUAGCUUUGUUUAAAUCCGUAGCAGAGAUGCCUAUGGUUGUGCAUACUACGGAAAUUUGUAAUUACAUGUUGGAGUAUUUGAGGGUUCUUGAUAGGGUGAAUGAUAUGGCGGUAGUGUUUGAUUUGAUGCAAAAACAGAUAGUUUAUAGGAAUUUGGAUACUUAUUUGAUUAUAUUUAAGGGUCUUCAUAUAAGGGGAGGAAUACGUGAAGCUCCGUUUGCUCUUGAAAGGAUGAAGAAAGCAGGGUUCGUGUUGAAUGCUUACUCGUACAACGGGUUGAUACAUUUGAUUCUUCAAGCAGGGUUUUGGCAGGAAGGUUUAAAGGUUUAUAGGAGGAUGAUUUCGGAAAAGCUUAAGCCGAGCCUUAAAACAUACUCUGCGUUAAUGGUUGCGUGUGGUAAAAGAAGGGAUACUGAAACGGUCAUGAGAUUGUUAGGUGAGAUGGAUGGUUUGGGAUUAAGACCGAAUAUUUAUACUUAUACCAUUUGCAUUAGAGUGCUCGGAAGGGCUGGAAAGAUUGAUGAUGCUUGUGCUAUAUUAAAGAGAAUGGAUGAUGAAGGUUGUGCUCCGGAUGUUGUUACUUACACCGUCCUCAUUGAUUCUCUUUGCAUUGCUGGAAAGGUAGAUAUUGCUAAAGAAGUCUUUUUCAAGAUGAAAGCUGGGCGCCAUAAACCUGAUCGGGUGACUUACAUCACUUUGCUAGAUAGGCUUAGUGAUCGUAAGGACUUGGACUCCGUAAGGGACUUCUUGGACAGGAUGGAGGCUGAUGGUUAUAAGCCGGAUGUCGUCUCUUUUACCAUACUUGUUGAUGCUUUGUGCAAAGUAGGUAACAUCACUGAAGCAUUUUCUACAUUAGAUGUAAUGAAGGAAAAAGGGAUCUUACCGAAUCUUCAUACUUAUAAUUCAUUGAUCAGGGGCCUGCUAAGAAAGAACAAGGUUAAUGAAGCGUUGGAGCUGUUUGAUAGCAUGAAAUCUCUUGGAGUUGAGGUCACAGCUUACACGUAUAUCCUGUUUAUUGACUACUACGGGAAAUCUGGUGAGCCUGAUAAAGCACUUGAAACAUUUGAGAAGAUGAAAGCUCAUGGAAUCGUGCCUAACAUUGUAGCUUGCAAUGCAUCUUUGUACAGUAUAGCAGAAAUGGGAAGGCUUGGAGAGGCGAAAAGUAUAUUUGAUGGAAUUAAAGAGAGUGGAUAUGUUCCAAAUUCAAUCACCUACAACAUGAUGAUGAAAUGCUAUAGUAAUGCAGGGAAAAUUGAUGAAGCUAUUAAGUUACUCUCCGAGAUGCUAGAAAGUGGUUGUGAUCCUGAUGUGAUUGUAGUCAAUUCAUUGAUUGACAUACUUUAUAAGGAUGGUCGGGCUAGUGAAGCGUGGGCAAUGUUUUACAGAUUGAAGGAUAUGAAACUGACUCCUUCCGUUGUGACCUACAACACUUUACUGGCUGGAUUAGGUAAAGAAGGAAAGAUCCGAGAGGCCUAUGAGUUACUGGAUAGCAUGGCUCUUCACGGGUGUGCUCCAAACACAAUCACUUACAAUACACUUUUAGAUACUCUUUGCAAGAACGGUGAGGUUGCUACAGCCUUGACGUUGCUUUACCAAAUGACGGGACCAAAUUGCUUUCCGGAUGUUUUCAGUUAUAACACUGUAAUCUUUGGGUUGGCUAAAGAAAAAAGGGUAACCGAAGCAUUUUUGCUAUACCAUCAGAUGAAGAAGAAAAUGUAUCCCGACUGUGUAACAGUAUAUGGUCUUCUACCUAUUCUUGUGAAAGAUGGCUUAGUUGACGAUGCUGUUAAGAUUGUGGAUGGUUUUGUUAACCAGGCUUUGAAUAGGUCGGAUAGAUCCUUUUGGCUGCAACUGAUGGAAGGUAUUUUGGGUGAAGCUGAAAUAGAUCAUUCCAUUUCUUUUGCCGAAAAACUGGCAUCGUAUCGUAUUUGCAGAAAUGACUUAAUAAUAGUACCUGUUAUUAGAGUUCUUUGCAAGCAAAAGAAAGCCCUUGAUGCUCAUGAUCUUUUUGUAAAGUUCAAGAACAAAUUCGGAAUUCACCCAACACUAAGAUCAUAUUAUCCUUUGGUUGAAGGACUUCUGAAUGUUCAUCAUCUUAAAGAAUUGGCAUGGCAUCUUUUCAAGGAAAUGAAAAAUGCCGGUUGUGCUCCAGAUGUUUAUACCUAUAAUUUGUUUCUUGAUGAACUUGGAAAGUCCGGGAAGGUUGAUGAACUUUUUGAGUUGUAUGAGGAGAUGCUCCACAGAGGAUGUAAGCCGAUCGCAAUAACUUACAAUAUUCUCAUUUCGGGUUUGGUGAAGUCUAAUGAAGUAGAGAGAGCAAUAGAUUUUUACUAUGAUCUUGUUAGUUUAGGCUUUACACCUACGCCUUGUACAUAUGGUCCUCUCAUAAAUGGGCUUUUUAAGGUUAAAAAUUUCGACAAAGCAAAGGACCUUUUUGAUGAAAUGGUGGAAUAUGGAUGCAGACCUAAUUCUGCUAUCUACAACAUUCUCAUAAAUGGGUUCGGGAAAGCAGGUGAUCUGAAAUCCGCGUGUGAUCUCUUCAACAGAAUGAAUAAAGAAGGAGUUAGACCGGAUUUAAAGACGUACACCAUUCUUGUAGAUUGCCUAUGCUCUUCGGGGAAGGUGGACGAUGCUCUAAACUACUUUGAGGAACUGAAAUCAGCUGGUCUUGAUCCUGAUUUGAUUUCUUACAACCUUAUGAUCAACGGUCUUGGGAAGUCCCGUAAAAUGAAGGAAGCACUGUAUCUUCUUGAUGAGAUGAAAAGCAAAGGAAUCACCCCGAAUCUUUAUACCUAUAAUACCUUGAUACUCAAUCUUGGAAUUGCUGGAAUGUUGGAAGAGGCUGGAAAAAUGUAUGAAGAACUUCAGCAACAAGGUUUUGAACCUGACGUUUUUACAUAUAAUGCUCUUAUUAGAGGGUACAGCAAGUCCGGUGAUCCAGAUGGCGCGUAUGCCAUUUAUGAGAAGAUGAUGGUCGGGGGUUGUAGCCCGAAUGGUGGGACUUUUGCACAGCUACCUAAUUAACGCCAGACUUUUUACGUUCUUCAAGUGAAGCUUUGUGAGAACCAGUUUCUACACUCUGCCUUGUGGCUGCUAAGGGAUUGCUUCUGCUGAUUGGAGGUUUACUUACUAUUUGAAGCUCUUAGAUGUGUCUGCAAGGUUGUUCUUCAGGUGCGGCAACCUCGAUGGCUUCGGAUUUCAUUUGUAAAUGCCAAAAUGUUGUCUAUAUAUAGUGUUAAUAUUUGGUGGUUGUAGGUUUAUACCUGUGCCUAACUGUAGAUAAGCAAGCAAAAUGUUGAGGCAAAACUCUUUCUAAAGUUUUGAUUUGUUAUUCAAUUUGCCAAGAAAUGUAGAGGUCUCCUUACAUUGUGUUA